GACAUGUUCACGUGCCGCCUGGCGCUGCUGUCAGCCACUUUAUUUAUCCCAUGUAUCAACAAACAGUAUCAACGAUUUUCCCUGACGAAAAACAAUUGUAAAAAAUAUUGAGACAAUUCUUCGAGGGAUUGGAUCGAGUUAAAAUCGUUGAGAAGUGAAAAAUUCUCGGGAUGAUUUGUUAUUCUCGAUAAAUAGUUGGAAACGCGGCCAUACGCCGAGUUUUUCAGUUACGUUUCCCUCUGAGGGACAAAAGAGAGCGAAGGCUCGGAGAUAUUUCGAGAAUAUUUCUCGAUAUUCAUGAGGGAUAGUGGAUAUUUCUCGUGAAUGAAGUAUUAAUUUGUGAUACGUUAGCUUAAUUGUUGAUUAUUUGAGAGUGUGAAGGGCUUUUAUGGAGAGGAGGAGAUCAUGAUGGCUGAAAUGACGGCAGAGGCUAGUGGAAUUGAGUGCAGUACAAAUUUACCUGACGUGGUGGCUAGCAUGGAAUCCCUAACUGUUGACAGUGAGGCUAGUGGGCGACAAACUAGGUAUGCAAUGAGGAAGAGAGUCCCCAAGAUGACGCAAACCACAGAAUCAUUGAAUCGCAGAUGUAGUAUUAAACCCAAGAAGCGCAGUUACUCAACGAUGGAAAGUGACACUCAAAUCCGCGAAUACUACCUCGACAAGACAUGGAAGAAGAACCAAAAUACUCUCGAGACGAUUUACGAGGAGAUUGAUGGGAUGAGUGACAAUUCCACAAUAAUAAAGGGAAGAAAACUUCGCAGGCUGAUAACAUUCGAUCCGAUAAAUCAGAAAACGAAUGAGGCUAAAUUGAGGAAGAGACGAGCGAAGAUAAAACGGGCGUUUGGAUCGAAAAUUCGGGCCAAACCUCCGAGCAUCGAUAUGAAUGCAUUUCUCAAGAAAUUGAAUGAACUUAAAACGCAAAAAAAUUGAUUUUGACCACCGAAAGACAUUAACUAUGUAAAUAAUUGUCUCUGAGUGCUAGAAGACUGUCGAAAUGUUGAAUCGAUAUUUCUUUGAUACUAAGCUAUUGAUAAGAAACUGUUCAAUUAUUCAUUUCAUCGAUCGUCGUUGGCAAAUGCAUUCACUGAAUUCAUGAUAACUAAUCAUCGCAAAUCACUGUCUCUGGAUUGAAAUCAGAGAUCAGCGUGACUUGAUUUUUUCAGCAUGAAUUUUCAUUUUUUUUACUGAUCAAAUAAAUUUGCUUCUCGAGAUGAAAAUUA